AUGAUAAUGAUGCGUACAGUGUUGUAUGUUAUGCUUCUUGCACUGUGUUGUACUUGCAGUUUCGUGUUGGCUACAACUGAGCCUCACGUUGAAGUUAGUGAACCUGAACCUGAAGGUGGUGGUACUUUGAACCAUGGGGCUCGACAGGCUGGUGGUGCCGAUGGAAAAGGUGGUCCUGGUGAAGUGGAAGAAUCAUCUGAACAAUGUGUUGGGGAACAAAAUGAGGAAGCGUCUUGCAAAGCAAAUUCCUCAGAGCAAUUGCCUCCAGAAGAUGCUCAAAAGAAUGGAAAAAAACCUGAAGCUGCUGUACCUCCACCACCCGAAACAUCAGUGGAACGCAGUCCUACCACUUUACCUGGUUCUGGUGCUUCUGUUGGUCCUGCUAGUUCCUCUUUACGAACCACUGAAGAUCUACAUCAACAA